GACUUACGAAGAUUGGCAGAAGGGUCAGCCAUAUUUGUCGAUCAGUUCGACGCGUCAUCCAGUCAUCGUAUAUUAUCUUGUGUCAUUCUUUCCAUCUCGUGCAGUAUUUGGAAUUGUAUGUGUGCUGCAUAAAAGAAAUUCAAAUCGUCAGUUGUUGAAACGUUCAGCAUUGAGUUUCGCAGCCAAAGUCGCCAGCAUCGAGUUUUGCAGUCAACGUCGUUCAACAUUGAGCUGUACAGAAACGUUCAGCAUUGAGUUUCGCAGCCACAGGCGCCAGCAUUUGAGCUUGCAGUCCACGUCGUUCAACAUUGAGCUGUACAGAAAACGUUCAACAUUUAGCUUCGCAGCCACCGUAGUCUAGUUGAAAUCGUCGAAUCAACUCAUAAACUCAGUUAUCGUAGUGUAUAUUGAGCAUCGCAGUCAACGUUUUUCAGUCGUAGUCAUAAGCAGGCCUUGCAAUCAGUUUGCAACCAGAAGUUUGCAGUUCUAGAAAUUCCUUUUAAAUACAGAUGUGUAAAUACAUAUUUACAAGUAAUUUUGUCUCGCUUGCUUUCAUUUGGUUCAGUUGCUGAACAUCAUGCUGACAAGAAAUCAAGCAAAAGAAAACGAAAAGGUUAUUGAGCAGAGUGUAGCAACAGAAAUAGAAGAAAUGUCAAAUGACUCUGAUAGCUUAGACAAUACUUUUGUUGAAAGAAAUACAAUGGAAAAUUCAUCGAAUUGUGUCAUAACGCACGAUCAAUUUGCCGCAUUGUUAGCAAGCAUUAAUACUUUGAAGGAGUCCGUAAGCGAGCUAAGCCGUGAAACACAACAAAUUAAAAACGAAGUCAAGAUGGGUGAUAACAACAUUGCCGCAUCUCAUAUGCCAAAUAAGCCUUCAGACAAUACUGAUGUAAAUGCAACAGCUUCCGCUACUGGGGAGCACUUCAGCAAUAUUUUACCAGAUAAUACAGCUAGCCAGCAUAUGCUAUCAUCGUUACCUACAACUACGGCCGUGAGAAAUUUACAGAAUAAUGUAAAUAUAACAGCUUCCGCUACUGAGGGGCACUUCAACAAUAUUUUGCCACAUAAUACAUCUAACCAGCAUAUGCCGUCGUCGUUUGUGUCUACAACUAUGAGGAAUUUACAGUCGGGACCAUAUUGUCCACAGUCGCAAGCUGAAUAUUCGCAGCCAUCAGUACCACGAUUUCCUCAGCCAUCAAUACAUUAUCGCCAGACAGAUUCGAACUCCAUACCACAGUCUCAAUUUAUGCAACCGCCGAACUCAACAUUGCAACAAAGGGGCAUGGUGUCUUUUGUUGACAACGCAGCAGCUAAAUUGUAUCCUUUGCCAAAUUUCGAUGGCAACCCAGAGGAUUGGCCUUUG